AUACUUGGACCUUACAAUGCCGUGCAUUACCUUUUCAGGUAGAGUGUGUGUUUGUUAUGUGGCAUGAGGCCCGCCGCCAGGAGCGCGUCGUCAAAGGUAUGAUUGUCGACUACAGAAAGCGGGCCGAGCGGCGCCGCAACUACUAUGAGAAGACCAAGCAGGACCCCACGCAGUUUCUGCAGGUACACGGGCGCCCGUGCAAAAUCCACCUGGACCCGGCCGUGGCGAUGGCCGCAGAGGGGCCCAACAGCAUGAUGUCCUGGCAGGGGGACUCGGAGGUCCUUAUCGACAGGUUUGACGGCCGGGCGCACCUGGACAUGAUCAGCGAUGUGCGCGCCCCACCCGGUACCUCCGAUCUGGACGGUCUGGAGCAGGCCGAGGCCGACCAGAUCAACUUUGAGCGCUACCGCAUCCUGGUGCAAAACGAGUUCGCCGGACUAUCGGAGGAGAAGUUCCUGCACCAGCUGUACCUGGAGGAGCAGUUUGGCAGCACGCUGCUGCAGCAGCAGGCCGCCGGACGGCGGGACGCCGAGAUGGAUAAACGGCGACUGGCCGAGUCCCGCGCCGCCAUCGGAUACGUGUACGAUGACGGCGAGCCGACGGCGCCGCCGCUGCCGUCCCAGCCGCCGCCGCCGCCCCCGCCGCCGCCGGAUGAGGAGGAGGAGAGUGACGAUGAGGAUAUCGAUCUCGACAUGGCGCUGGACGUGAGUCAGCUGAGCACGGAGCAGUACGGCGAGCUGAACCUGGUGGGCCGCGGCUACAGCCUCAGCUCCACCGGCUUCAUGGACCUGCUGGUGGCGGACCAGGAGGAGCAGGAGACGGCGCGGCUGGCGCGCAUCGAGGAAGAGGAGAAACAGGCGCUCUCUGUCCGCACCGGAUCGGGCAAGAAGGGCCGCAAGGAGCGCCGUCUGCUCAAGGAGAAGAAGAUGCAGCAGCACGCCCGGCCGGCGGCAGUGACGGCCGCCGCGGCCGCAGCGGUACCCAGCUACGCGGCGCCGCGCGGCUCGCCCACAUAUGCGCCGUACGCCGGACCGGUGGGGCCCGGUCUGGGCAGCCGCAGCCGAUCGCCCAGCCCGCCGCCCAGCAAGGUGGAGUUUAUCACCAGUUUUGGUCACGACUCUGACUCCGAGGGUGAGGCGGCCGGACCGGUGGUCGGACCCGCCGCCCCCGCACCGGCGGAGCAG